CCCCUCCAACCACCCACCAUCAACGUACCACUGCGCCUUGGUCACAUUCCUGCUCUCGUCGCCAAGCAGGAAUGCAUGGAAGCUGCGAUCUGGCACGGCUCGGCGAGCUCGUGCUUGAGGAUGGCGGGGAUGUUGACGGCGGAGAGGUGGAAAUCGCCGAGGGGAGACUUGAAAGGCUUCUCCAUCAUCUCGGUGUCGAUGCAGCCGCUUACGAUAUGUUCAGGGAUUUGGUGUGGAUCCUGCUCGGCAUCGUGAUUCCAGAUGCGGUCAUCUACAACCUGAUAUCCCUCUUCGGCUGUAGACCAAUCGCAGCCUCAUGGGAUCUGUCCCUCGCAACUACAGCGAAGUGCUUGGAUCAGCUGACUAAAUACAUGGCACUGUCGGUCCUCACUAUCAUUAUCGAUGUCUUCGAGCUUGUCCUUAUUCCCAUUGUCAUCCCGCUUCAGAUGUCGAAAUGCUAA